AUGAUACACGCCGUUGCCACGCCCCUCUCAAUACCCAACAGUGACGACACCACCGCAUCAAUACCCAACAGUGACGGCAUCACCGUCUCAAGACCCAACAGUGACGGCAUCACCGCACUUCAACCUACGUCGUUUUCCUGUCCAAUCAAGGAGCUUUCCAGCGAAACCUGGAUAGAGGAAAACGUUGACGACUUCCUAGCCGUAGCCUCACAAAAUUACAUUCAGUACCCUAAUAACAACAUUCAGGCCUUAGCCGCCUACCUUGGUUCCCCCAACUUCUAUUGCGGCGUCAACCAAUAUUGCAAUGCCGGACAACCAUGUGCGCCUGCUCAGCUUCCUGGCUGGUAUGCGCUCAUGGCCAUCCAGCAGUGGAACGCCUACGUCAAUAACCUCCAUCUCGCUGUGACAUACACAGUAGCCAUCUUGAGCAUGAAGCUACCCACCCUGGUCAAUACACUCUGGCCGAAGCCAAAAGAUACCGCCACCAAAGCUAAGAUUGCUCUGGCGUGGAUAAACGGUAUCAUCAACGCCUUUCCGGUCACCGCAACGUUCGGAGCCGUCACGGGUAGUAUCGGUGCGGCGAUACAAGGAAACAACAUCAUCACCAGCAGCAUGCUGCAGCCGCCGGCGCCAGACCAGCAAUACCUGAAAUGGAGUGCUAUAGCUGACCAGCUGAGCACCCAGUUGAACGACUACAAGGGAGCCAUCGGCCAGUACGCGAAAACCAUCAUUGACGCGCCCAUCAAUGACACGAGGUUUGGUGUCAACUCGGUUCUCCAUGGCGGCAAGUACCUUACGCGUGGCAGAAACUUCACGCAGGAUGACAUCGAGAAGUGGAUGUACGGGACUGUCAGUGUCAACGCAAUGGGCCUACUACUGCAGGCGCAAAACGUCUACAUUAUCCGCACCUUCAACCUGUCGAGUUGCAGUCUUGGAAAGUACUACACCAGCGCUUUCUUCUGUCAGCAGCAGCCCAACAACUUGUGGACCAGGUACCGGUUGCAGAAGAGGGGCUCUCUGGAUCCUGUACCUGAACACAGAAUCGCGAGUACACUUCAGGAAACCUACAAUCUUACCAAAGAGGACAUUUUCCUCGGGCCCACCAAGUGCUUCGACACGCACAACUACGAGCAGCUAUACAACCCCUGGGAGACGCCAUUAGCGAGUGGCGUCCUUUUGGACCCAUUGGCGCCAUGCAAUUUCAAUGUCAACGUUUGCAACAUGGAUGCAGCAGACGACGACAUGUAUGGGCCUACCGAUUACACAGAGUACGACAAUAAGUCGGAUUGGUGGUGUGAAUUACAAGGAGUGACUUGGACAUAA